AGGCUAUCUGUUCAGAAUUUCUCUUUUUGACUAAAAUAAACUUUUUCCAAAAAUAUAACACCCAUUAAGAUAGAAAGAAUUCCCUUAUUACCCUCAUCUUUAUCUUUUCUUAUUUAUUGCCGCCUCCGUCUUUCUCCCAGAUUAACCUUCAUCAGCCACCUCGCACUGUCGCCGUCGUCCUUACCGGAAGCCACCGUCUUCAUCGUCGCUGUCUUCCCCAAAGCAGACAACCUUGCCAUCUUCACACUUCGACUUCAGAGGUUAGAUCUAAAACCAGAGUAAACUAUAAGUGUAAAUGAGAGGUUUUGUAUCAGCUUCGGCGUGGUGCUGCUGGAACCGGUAACUGGAACAGAACCACACGAAGGAGAUGGGGUUCUUCAGAGAUGGGCAUGAUGGAAUUAUAGGGCAGGGAUUCUUCCGAGAUGUGGUAAUCGAAUUCUCGCUUUUCAAUCAGACGAUUUUUGCUUUAUCUUGAUUUGGUGUAUUUGUUGAAGUUGUUUCUUUUAAAAGGUUACCAAACAACACUGUAUCUCCUAACGCUAUCAAACGCAAUUCCUCUUAAACCUUAGCAAGAUUGAUUCAAAACCGAUGUCCCAACUUAAGCCCUCAUCGUCAUGUAUAUCUUCCAAUUACCAGAUUCACAAUUCCUCUCAUGUAUUUCUUCAACAUCAUUGGAAGCUAUUUCAAUCCAAUAUCUCUCACCCUUCAAGAUUAUCACAUUUCCCUUCAAUCAACUGCAAUCUUCGGGACAUCCGCCAACGUAUCGCCACCGUGAAAAACGCACAGAAAAUAACAGAAGCAAUGAAACUCGUAGCAGCAGCAAAGGUCCGAAGAGCCCAAGAAGCAGUUGUUAAUGGCCGACCAUUCUCCGAAGCACUUAUCGAUGUUAUCUAUAGCAUCAACCAACAGUGCCAAUUGGAAGAUGUUGACAUACCUUUAACAGACGUUAGACCUGUAAAAAAAGUCGCCCUUGUUGUAAUAACAGGAGAAAGAGGUCUCUGUGGGGGUUUUAACAAUAUUAUUCUUCGAAAAGCUGAAACCCGAAUUGCUGAAUUGAAGAAUCUCGGACUUGAUUACACUGUUAUUAGUGUUGGGAAGAAGGGGAAUUCGUAUUUCUUAAGAAGACCUAGUGUUUCAGUUGAUAGGUUCAUUGAAGGAGAGGGUUUUCCGAGUGUAAAAGACUCUCAGGUGAUUGCAGAUGAUGUGUUUUCCUUGUUUGUAAGUGAAGAGGUUGAUAAAGUGGAACUUCUGUAUACAAAAUUUGUUUCUUUGGUGAAAUCUAAUCCUGUGAUUCAAACAUUGCUUCCUUUGUCUGCUAAAGGAGAAGUUGUAGACGGAAAUGGUAAUUGUGUUGAUGCAAGUGAAGAUGAGUUUUUUAGAUUGACUACAAAAGAGGGGAAAUUAGCAGUGGAGAGGGAUAAAUUGAUGAGAAAAAAGGAGGGGUUUUUACCGAAUAUGGAGUUUGAACAAGACCCUGCUCAGAUUCUUGAUGCAUUGAUGCCUCUUUAUUUGAACAAUCAGAUAUUGAGGGCGUUACAGGAGUCAAUAGCAAGUGAGCUUGCUUCCAGGAUGAAUGCAAUGAGUAAUGCUACUGAUAAUGCGCUUGAGUUGCAGAAGGAUCUUUCAAAUGCUUAUAAUCGUCAAAGGCAGACUAAGAUUACCAAUGAAAUACUGGAGAUUGUUGCUGGAGCUGAAGCACUUUUAUAGUCUCUAAUUGAAUCAAAAAUUAUAUUGUUUAGAAUCCAUAAAGAUGUUACUGUGGUUUGGAGUUGAAAUGUAAUUUAAUUCUCAGUUUGCUACAAUUGUAUAUGCAGCAGAGCUAAACAUAAACAUUGUGAUUGUUCAAAUCUUCAUUGUCAAAAUCAAGCUAAUCUGAAUUCAAAGGUAUGUAUUUCUUUC